UUCCUUUUUUGAGGGAAACUCAAAUCAAAUCCAGUUGCAGCACUGCUCCAUCUCCAGUGAAAAUCUGGGUUUUUUUUUUCAGAAAAGUAUUUGUGUAGAAAUUCGGAGCUCUCAAUACAUUCAAAGAUUCAAUCUUUAUGGGUGGGAAACGACUCAGACAUGAUUCCGAUUUCCAAUUGAAAAAGUGUGCUAAGAAGAGAUACCAACAUAGUGAUGUUGAUAGGAUAAGUCAAUUGCCGGAUGAUAUUCUCGUCACCAUCGUAUCAUCUUUUCUAUCGCUCAAGGAAGCUGCACGCACUAGCGUUCUUUCUUCUCGUUGGAUAAACUUGUGGAAACACAUACCUUGUCUCAACUUUGAUGCAGAACAAAAGAGGUUAUGGGAUGAAAAAUCGGCAAAAGAAUUAUUGGGUGAAGAGAGGCGCAAAUACGUGGAAUGGGUGAAUUCGGUCCUCACAUCUCACAAAGAAGCCACCUUGAACGAAUAUAGGAUAUCUUUCGAUUUGUGCCGAUCUACUGGCGAGCCAGUUAAUCGGUGGCUUGAAUUUGCAUUUUCUAGACGCGUUCGGAUUUUGGAGUUGGACCUUUCACCAACAAUUAUGAAUUGGCGUCCCUGGUCCAAAACUUAUGCCUUUCCUGAAGAGUUGUUGACUCGAACUAGUGGUGGGGCAUCCAUAUUGGAACCCGCUUCAUGUAUCGACUUUAAGUCCCUCAAAGCAUUGUCUAUGAGAUUUGUUAACGUGUCAGGUGAAGCUAUCGAGUUCUUUCUGCGCACUUGCCCUUUUCUCGAGAAAUUGGUUGUGCACAACGCAUCUGAGUUAUCAAAUCUUGAAGUUUGUGGUUCAUCCCUUGAUCUAAAGCACUUGGAGUUACAGUCCUGCCACAAUUUGACAUCCAUCAAGGUUUCUGCGCCGAAUCUUACUUCACUUACUCUUCCGAAUGUAAAAGGACUCUUGCUUGAAAAUGUCCCAAUGCUUGUUGAGGUAUCUGUAAGCUGUGUUUGUACUGUAGAUCCAGUGGAAAAGUUAUUAGUUGCACUUUCUGGCCGCAUUUUCCAAUUGGAGAGUCUUUCCUUGGUGCUGCCAUUCUACCCAGAGGCAGGUGACUUGCUCUCCAUGUUUCCUCAACUCCCUAAACUCAAGAAGUUGGUCAUUAAUUAUACGGUAAAAGAUAAAGAAAGUUUUAUCGGGCUGACCCCUUUGAUGUGGGCAUGUCCCAACUUGCAGGAAUUUGUUUUUGAGUCAAUUUGUGAUGAACCUUCGAGAUUAUUAAGAAGAAAAGUGAAGAAGAAUCCCUUAAAGGUUGCACACGAGCACCUAAAAGUGUUCAAGUUCCUUGGCUAUUGCGGUAGCAGCAGUGAUUUGGAAUUUGUGAGAUACAUUUUGGAGAAUUGCAUAGCUCUCGAGAAAUUAAUUAUCGACACUCAUUUUCAAGUCAAAAUGGGCCGUGCAAUACAUUGCAAGGAGCUACUAGAUAUAGAUCAAAGUACAAGGACUAACGUAGACCUACAGUUACCACUGAUAGUAGUACCCAAACACAUUGAUUUUGUUCUUCUUUAACUCUUAAUUCUAUUAAAUUAUGUCUUUUAUAGUAUUUAUGAGUUUAAGUGACUGUGAUGUUGUGUACUCUAUUUAUUCAGGAAUUGCUUUGUUUUUAAUUAUCGAAUAUUGAGAUAAUUAUUGUUGUAGAUUUGACUGGUGUUGCAUAGUUUAGUUUUGUAUUCUGCAAGUCUGUAAUAUCGAGGUUUUAGUGUUGUCCCUUUGGUUUCAUUUGUAGGACUAUUACUGAGAGUACCUUAAAGAUAUUCUCUAUAAUUUUACGUUUGUUACCGUUUUA